AAGAAAACUUCAUUAUGUCUUCGUCUUUUAACGUCAAACAGAUUUCUUUAUUUGAUAACUUCCAAAUGGUUGUCAAACCAAGACAUGGGCCGUGUUAUACAUUUAAUGGUAGAAACACGACUAGUCAAAAUAUGAAUGUUUCUUCUGUUCGCGUGUCUCGAAAUAUCGGCACUCUGAGCGGUUUAACUCUAGUGUUAAAUUUAGAACUAGAAGAAUAUUUUGACAAAACGAAAUCUGUUGGAGCCAGGAUUGUUAUUCAUUCUCCAGACGAAUUUCCGGAUACAGAAGGUGAAGGAAUUAACAUUCUACCUGGAGUCGAAACCUCCAUUGCUAUUAAUAAGCAAACAACAAAGAGACUGCCUUUCCCGUAUAAAGAUAGAUGCAAAGAUUAUAAGAAACAAACCAUCAGAAAUGUAUCAAUUUUAAACGAAAAGGAUUGCAUAAUUCAUUGUCUGCAAGAUCUCAAUAUUCAGAGAUGUAAUUGUACCGAUCCAACUCUCAUUUUCAAAAAGAAAAGACAGAAAUGCGAUUUAGAAAAUAACGAAGAAGGUUUAGUAUUUUAUUACGAAAUUUUAUGUUAA